UGUAUGUGCAGUUUGUUUAGAGCGGAACAAAUAAUUCCGGAAGCGUAUAGCGUGACUUAACUAAGAUUACAAUCCUUUUCCACUAUAAAAAGACAAUUGCGAUUUGUUUGUUUGUCAUUCGUACCCAAUAUCUCAAAGAUGAUGUUUGGGAACGAUGAAGAAGAGUUACCUGCUUUAGAAUUGAUACUUGACAUAUCACAAGUUUACCCUCGAAGUGAAAUGAAUACUAUCCCCGUUGCAACCAUUUCAGAUGGUCGAAACAAUUUCGAAUCCUCAUCACUCAUAGCCACAAUCCGCCCUCGAGUUACUUCAGCAAGGAUGAUUUUCAAUCAAAGAUCUCCUUCUGGAUGUUUUGCACGGCAUGUCGAUGCUGAGUAUCCAGAUUAUAUCACACUUGCAAGCAGAUUGUCAACGUACGGAGAUUGGAUAAAUACAAAUAUAUCCUCGACUGCAUUAGCUGAAGCUGGUUUUUACUACACUAAAAAAUUAGACAUUGUUGCAUGUUUCCAUUGUGGGGUACAUAUAUGUGACUGGCUUUCUGCUGAAAAUCCUUGGGUUUCGCAUGCAAAGUUUUCUCCUUGGUGCACAUUCAUUUACAUUAGAUGUGGGAAAAGUUUCAUUGAUUCAUGUCUUAAAAAUGAACCGAUACAAACACAAGAUUCAUCACUGGUUGAGCCAACAGAAAGUCGAUAUACAUGUAAGGUUUGCCUGGAAAAAGAAAUUGGCGCCUGUUUUUACCCUUGCGAUCAUUGUGUCACUUGUAUCAAAUGUGCACCAGGUAUCGCUAGUUGUCCUAUAUGUCGUGCAGAAAUAAAAGGGGUAUUUAGACUGAAACUCAUUGAAUAAGUUUCAUUCAUCAUGCAAUACCUGCAAGAAAACGUUUAUAUUGCUAACAUUGUAACAUCUUUUACUUUAAACUCUAAACUUUCUCGAGAACUAAUUAAACAAAAUUUUCCCUUUAUCAAGUACACAAAAUCUUUUUCGGGAGGUAUAAUGAAAUAUCCCGACGGUUGUCUCUUGAUUUUCGAUUCGGGAAAGAUAAACAUUACCGGAGUACAAAAUAUUUCAACAUCA